AUGGUGGGUCUGAAGCCCCCCGAGGUGCCCCCCACAGCCGGUGUCAAGUUCGUGAGCGCAGGGCUGGCCGGAUGCAUCGCUGACCUCUGCACCUUCCCCUUGGAUACUGCCAAAGUGCGGCUGCAGAUCCAGGGCGAGGGGCGCAUCCCCCGGCCCAUUGGCACCGUGGAGUACCGGGGGGUGCUGGGCACGCUGAGCACCAUGGUGCGGACCGAGGGGCCCCGCAGCCUCUACAGUGGGCUGGCAGCAGGGCUCCAGCGCCAGAUGAGCUUCGCCUCCAUCCGUAUUGGUCUCUAUGACUCCGUCAAGCAGCUCUACACCCCAAAGGGAGCUGAGAGCACCGGGCUGGCCCCACGGCUGCUGGCCGGCUGCACCACGGGCGCUGUGGCCGUGGCCUGUGCCCAGCCCACCGACGUGGUCAAGGUGAGGUUCCAGGCCAGUGGGGCGCAGCUGGAUGGGGCCCGCAGGUACAGCGGCACCGUGGAUGCCUAUAGGACCAUCGCCAGGGAGGAGGGAGUGCGCGGGCUAUGGAGAGGUACACUACCCAACAUCGCCCGCAAUGCCAUCAUCAACUGCGGCGAGCUCGUCACAUACGACCUCAUUAAGGAUGCACUGCUGCGGGCACAGCUGAUGUCAGGUCAGGAUGGUGCUGAGCAGGGGGGGCACACACAGUGGGUGCCAUCCCAUGGCCCUCACCCCACUCUGUGCCCCAUAGACAACGUCCCAUGUCACUUCGUGGCCGCCUUCGGGGCCGGGUUCUGUGCCACGGUGGUGGCAUCACCGGUGGACGUGGUGAAGACGCGGUACAUGAAUGCACAGCCUGGGCAGUACCGUGGUGCAUUGAGCUGUCUGCUGGAGCUGCUGGUGCAGGAUGGGCUCGCUGGGUUCUACAAGGGGUUUGUGCCAUCCUUCCUGCGCCUGGGCUGCUGGAACGUGGUGAUGUUCGUGUCCUAUGAGCAGCUGCAGCGUGCGGCUGUGCUGGUGCGCUCCUGACUGACCCCCCCUCGGUGAGGACCUGCACUCAAUUACAUUAAUUGGUGUUAAUUGAAGCCAUGGGGGCAGUGAUGCCAAUGGGCACCCGGCCCCAAAGGACAAUGAGAGGAAUGGGAUGUGUGGAUGGAAACACGGAUGAUGGGAUUGGAAGAGGAAUGUGGGAGAAUGGAGGUUUCCAUGGCGGAGGAAGAAGGAAGCAGUGAUGGUUUUCCAGCUGGGAAGAGCAUCACUUCCUGAUGGGGAUGAGGAGCAGGUGAGCAGCAGAAGCAAAGGUGGCUUCAGGGUGUGAAACCAGUUUGACAUCCCGUUUCCACUCACACAAGAGGCAGGGAUGUGGCAUUCCUUAUUCCUUAUGGAAGCUUCCAAUAAACCGCCCCUAUGGGGUGUGAGCCAUCA